GUUACUGCAUCACGGGUCACAUGACUUCACUUCCGCAUCUCACAAUGCCGCUCAUUAAAACCUCCAGUCAGGAAAGUAAACAGCGAGGGAGACGAAGAUGUUCGUGUGAAUUCUGAAAGAUACGAAGUGUUUUUAAUCAUUUUUAUGAGAAACAGCAGAACAGACGAGUGAGAGGGCUCAUCAUGACUCCGAUCGGACUGAUCAGCGGGUUGCUGCUGCUUCUGUUGGGACAAUCACUCGAGGCUUCUCCAUCGUUCAGCCUGGACUACAAGAACAACUGCUUCCUUAAGGAUGGGAAAGAGUUUCGUUACAUAUCAGGUAGCAUCCACUACAACAGGAUCCCCAGGGUCUACUGGAGAGAUCGGCUGCUGAAAAUGUACAUGGGAGGACUGAACGCCAUCCAGAUCUAUAUUCCCUGGAACUACCACGAAGAGUCUCCAGGCCAGUAUAACUUCAGCGGAGACAGAGACGUGGAGUAUUUCCUUAAGCUGGCUCAGGACAUUGGUUUGUUGGUCAUCCUUCGUCCAGGACCUUACAUAUGUGGAGAGUGGGACAUGGGUGGCCUUCCUGCCUGGCUUCUCAAAAAGAAAGACAUUGUGCUGCGAUCGUCAGACCCAGAUUACAUCGCAGCCGUGGAUAAAUGGAUGGGGAAGUUACUACCCAUGAUAAAGCCUCACCUGUAUCCGAACGGAGGUCCCAUCAUCACUGUGCAGGUGGAGAACGAAUAUGGCAGUUACAUUGCCUGUGACUACAACUACAUGCGUCACCUGACCCAGCUGUUCAGGUCUCACCUGGGGGACGAGGUGGUUCUGUUUACUACAGACGGCGGUGGUGUGAACUACCUGAAGUGCGGCUCCUUACAGGGACUCUACGCCACUGUGGACUUUGGUCCUACUGCAAAUAUAACUGCUGCCUUUGCUGCACAGCGACACGCUGAACCUAACGGGCCGUUGGUGAAUUCUGAAUUUUACACAGGCUGGUUGGACCACUGGGGCUCCCAUCACAGUGUCGUACAAUCCUCGGUAGUGGCCAAGUCGCUCGACCAGAUUCUGGCCAAGGGAGCAAACGUCAACCUGUACAUGUUCAUCGGAGGAACUAACUUUGGAUACUGGAACGGUGCUAACACGCCUUACGCGCCUCAACCCACAAGCUACGACUACGACGCUCCCCUCUCCGAGGCAGGAGACCUCACGGAGAAGUACUAUGCCAUCCGAGACGUCAUCAAAAUGUACCGUGAGGUUCCAGCGGGACCGGUUCCACCAACAACACCCAAGUAUUCAUACGGUGCUGUCAAAAUGAAGAAGCUCCAAACGGUGUCAGACGCCGUGGAAACCCUGUCGUUAUCUGGCCCGGUGAAGAGUGUGUACCCUCAGACGUUCAUAGAGAUAAACCAGGUGUUUGGUUAUGUCCUCUAUAGGACCAGUUUGCCCGUGAACUGCAGCGAACCCACUCCUCUGUCAUCACCGCUGAACGGGGUCAACGACCGAGCGUAUGUGUCCGUGAGUGGGUCUGCUGUAGGAAUUCUGGAAAGGAACAAAGUCUUGAGUGUGAAUGUGACUGGGAAGGCUGGGAGUCAGGUGGACGUACUGGUGGAGAACAUGGGCCGAAUUAACUUCGGCAAUUCCAUCAAAGACUUUAAGGGGUUGGUGUCCAAUCUAACUCUCGCGGGAGUCCCCCUUUCUGGCUGGACCAUUUAUAGCCUCAGCAUCGAUGAAGCAGUCAGCCAGGGUCUCCUUGGAGAGGAGCCAGCCACAUGGACAGACCCAUCUCCACCUGCUGCUCUGUCACCUCCGACCUUCUACGAGGGGAGAUUUAUAAUCCCAGACGGCAUCCCAGACCUCCCUCAGGACUCCUACGUCAAGCUGCCCAACUGGAGGAAGGGGCAGAUCUGGAUUAACGGCUUCAAUUUAGGACGCUACUGGCCCGCUCGAGGUCCUCAGGUGACACUUUUUGUCCCCGCCCACAUCCUCAGCACGGCCGCGCCCAACAACGUGACCGUCCUGGAGCUGGAGGCGGCUCCGUGCAGCGGCCAAACGUGCACCGUGGAGUUCACCGACACCCCGAUCCUUAACGCACCGGUCGAGUCCGAGUACCGACACCACCGGCUGUUUAUGAAAGAAGAUCUACUGUGAUGAGAGAAGUCGCUGCUGCACAAAAGGAAUCUGUUUACACUUUAUAUGCAGCCCUUAAAUCAACACCUGUGUGGUCAACGUGCCUGAUUUUUUAAGCAGUGUUGUAUAAAACGAACUUCAUUAGAGGAUAGAAUUUCAAUUUUUCUUUAAUUCCUAUUUUUAUCUGUGUGUGUGUGUGUGUGUGUGUGUGUGUGUGUGUGUGUGUGUGUGUGUGUGUGUGUGUGUGUGUGUGUGUGUGUGUGUGUGUGUGUGUGUGUGUGUGUGUGUGUGUGUGUGUGUGUGUGUACCUCACUGAUUGUUUUUUCUUACAGGGAUUUAGAUCUUUCUCCUUUCAAAAGGGAUUAUGGGCCUUUUCAUCACAGUGUUUUUGAAACGUUUAGAUUUUUCACGUCAAACCCACAUCAGGGAAAGAGAGAAAUCUCAUGAAUGAAGGGUUGUUGGUCUGAAUCUUCUGUCUUUUUACAAGAUUGGUGGUGUAAUGACUCUAAAUCUGUGAGAAAAAAUUAACCUGCCAAACAUUAGUCUGCCUUUAGGAAUCCAAUAAAGUAAAUUUGGCUUUGGAAUAUUA